AUGGUGUACAUUCGCCAGCACCAAUUACCGAACCUUAAAAAUUACAAAUAUGCCGGUGUCGACCAUUCUCUGAUCAGUACCUACAUCCUCAAGCCCUUCUACAGCAAAUGCGUGAUCCCUCUUUUCCCUAUGGGCAUGGCUCCCAAUGCCAUUACGCUCACCGGGUUCAUGUUUGUGGUGCUCAACUUUUUGACGAUGCUCUGGUAUAACCCAAAUCUGGACCAGGACUGUCCACCGUGGGUCUAUGCUAGCUAUGCGGUAGGACUGUUCCUGUACCAGACAUUCGAUGCGGUGGAUGGGAUGCAAGCGCGGAGAACGAAGCAGAGUGGACCACUAGGCGAGUUGUUUGACCACAGCGUUGAUGCGUGCAACACCGCACUUGGGGUUCUGAUCUUUGCUUCUGCCAUGAACUUUGGCCAAUCUUGGGCCACCUUCCUCACUCUCUUCGGCUCAACCAUGACAUUCUAUGUGCAAACCUGGGACGAGUACUAUACACAGGUUCUCACGCUGGGCGUGGUAUCUGGGCCCGUCGAGGGUCUUCUGACCCUGUGUACGGUGUAUGGAAUCACUGCCUACGUCGGCGGCGGUAGCUUCUGGCACGAACCGAUGCUGAAGACCAUUGGUGUAUCCAAGCCCAGCUUCAUGUCGCAGAAUGUAUACGAGAUGCCCUGGACGCAGUGGUACCUGGUGUACGGCGCUGUGAUUCUCUUCUUUGCCACUGGCUCCAGCAUUUACAAUGUCAUCAAGGUGCGCCGCCAGCGGGGACAGGACCCGUUCGUUCCGCUGUAUGGUCUACUCCCGCUGAUGGCCACCUGGACCCUCGUCCCACUUUACUUGUACCUCCAACCAGAGGUGCUUGCUCACUACACUGUGCCGUUCGGUCUCUUCGUCGGUCUGAUCAAUGCUUAUUCCGUGGGUCGCAUGAUUGUGGCCCACCUCACGCAGACUGCUUUCCCCUACUUCAACAUCUUGCUCUUGCCAUUGGCUAUCGCCGUUCUCGACAGCAUUGCCCCUCUUCUUGGAUUUUGGACUGUACCUGUCAUUCGCGAGGGGCCUUUCGUGUGGGCAAGUCUGGGGUUGGCUGUUGGUACCUAUGGCAGCUUUGUGCUCGACGUCAUCACAACAAUUUGUGAUUAUAUCGACAUCAACUGCUUGACUAUCAAGUACCCCUUCGUUGAGGGAGCCCAGCUGGGGAAGAAGACCAACUAA